UCGGAGGAUUCGCUGGUGAGCUUGCUCCAAAACCUCGCGGACAUGGACAUCACAUUCAAAGCUCUCAAGGAGACGGAUAUUGGGAGGCACGUGAACGAGCUGCGGAAGCACCCGUCGGGCGAAAUACGGCGAAUAGCGAAGCAGCUUGUAAGGAAGUGGAAGGAUCUGGUGGACGAGUGGGUGAAGUCCAAUUCCGCGUGCGACUCUUCCUCUCCGGCCAUCAUCACUGAUGGUGACUCGCCGCUGCAAAUACCAGGGAAGAACCUCCAGCAAAACAACAACCAGGUCCCGGAAUUCGCGUACUCCCCCUAUCCUCACAAUAAUGGAGGCGUGAGCUCCGACACGAAGAAUGGGCCGGAGUUAUUGGAGCCCAAAGCGAAGGCCCUGCGUAGGGGAGAGGCCCCAACUAAGCCCAACAACCACGCCGCCUCGUCCUCUUCUGCUGCUCCAGCUAAGCUGAUCAAGGAGCAAAAGGAAAGCCUACUUGAUGAUCCCGAGAAACUUGCUUCCGCGAGAAGGAGACUCCAGGAGAACUACCAAGAAGCACAAAACGCGAAAAAGCAACGUACCAUUCAAGUGAUGGAUAUACACGAAAUUCCAAAGCCCAAAAAUACGUUCGUCCGCAAGAGUGGGAUCCAGGCGAAGCACUGGUGAUCAAAAGAGAGGGGUGCAACAACCGAUCCGGUAAUCUUUAAUGCUCUUUAACAUACCCCGACUACGCCAACCAAUUAUUGGAUGUUUUUGUGGUGAGAAUUCUAUGAAACGAGGGUUUGUGGGAGAAUUCCUACAGCUUGGGUAUAUGGAAUUACCAUGUUUAUUGUUCUAAGUUAAUAAUUCGUCGAUUUGUCUCAAUAGUAACUUUGAAGUUU